UCGCAGGCUAGUUCAUCUGCGUACAGGUUUUCAUUUCCGCACGACUCUCUAAAUCGGAAUGGUGUCAUCUACCCAGUACCUGUCCAUCGCUCUGAUCAUCAUGGUCAUUGCAUCAGCAGGAAGAGCCUGGAGUAAAACGCAUCCUAAAGGGAGAGCACCUCACUCGGGGAGACAAUCCCAGGGUUGGUGUGUUCCUGAGGCAUGGAUGGGAGGAAGAGGGAUAACUGAGGGAACUGUCGAUGCACACGGCACUUACACAAUUACCAGAACAUACGGGUAUAUAAGGUACUCAGCCACACUGCAAAAGCUGUCAAUGAUCGAUAUUCCAAUCGCACCCGAAGACAAAGGCUACCUGUGGAGAAUUUACGACUACCCAGCGAGCAUUUUGUACACGAUGACAGACGACCAAACCUGCAUCAAAGAAAAGCUGCCUGGACCCUUCUUCCCUAUGUGUGUGCCAGAAAAUGCGACUGUAACUUUUGUCAAGUCCUACUACGGGACGGACCAGAACAGUGUGUGGGCCCUGGAGCUGGCGGGCGUCGCCCCAGAUGGUCUCAACUACCGCGUGUCCUUGUCGCAGAACACGCACAUGCCCAUCUUUGAGGAACAAUGGGGAGGCUUCGAUGGACAAAAUGUCUUCAAAACUAUUUCCUACUACAACGUUACGAUUCAGGAUGUACCGGAUGCUGCUUUUAGACCUCCAGACAUCUGUCUUAAUGUCACAGUAUCCUAGGCUUCCGUGGACAGAGUCAAAGAGAGUUUGAAAAGAAGUCCCUUCUCCUUUCUAAGGGAAUGUAUCCACUACAAACUACAAAGCGAAAAAAUAUGAAUUAAAAAUAAUUUUUAAAAAUA